AUCAGUAAAAUAUGCAUAUCAUUGUGGAACAAAGACUUUGGCCCACUCGCCCUGUUUGCGCGAUUCAUUCAUUUCCCACUCCUCCGUCACCAAACGCUGCGCAAUACGCUUCGUGGGCACUGCCCGGUAACGGCCGAGCAAAGCAAAGGAAAUCCGAGAUCAUCUAGCAAAAAAUGGAUGCCCAUGAAUCAGAAGAUCCGAAGAAAAGCACUGCUGAUAUGACUGCUUUUGUGCAAAAUCUUCUUCAGCAGAUGCAAUCCAGGUUCCAAACAAUGUCCGACUCAAUUAUUACAAAGAUUGAUGAGAUGGGAACUCGCAUAAAUGACUUGGAGCAGAGCAUAAAUGACUUGAGAGCAGAGAUGGGAGUGGAGGGCUCACCAUCUCCUUUGGCUCCAUCCAAGCAAAAGCCAGGCGAAGACAAGCAGGAGGAAGAUUCAGCUUAGAGUUGGUCAAAGAAGAUUUGUUCUGUAGCGGACUAGUUCAAUUUCAUGGGAACCCUCUCUCUCUCUCUCUCUCUCUCUCUCUCUCUCUCUCUCUUUUUGUGAAUUAUGGUUUGAGAAAUAUGCAGUUUGUCUCUGAGAAUCUGUUUGGUGAGUAACUUCUUUGUUGUUGGAGAGGAAACUUACAAAUCUGAGAUGAUUUAUGAUCAUGAUCACACUUUCAUGGA